GUCACCCUGCUCUGGGUGCCGGGCUGGGCGGGGUGGAGGACGAGCGGUGAGUGAGGGGGUCGAGCGCACGGACAGGCUUGGCGGCGAGAAGGAGGAGCAAGGAGGCGCACAGAAGCGAUGGCGUGGUAGAGCAAGGUGGACAAGCAGCUGCUGGUGAGGCGAGAGGGCUCUGGCUCCUGCUCAACCCCGGUCUCGCUGCGUCUCUCAGCGCAGGCAGCCUCACCGCUCGAUGCAGCUGCUGGCAUGCCGACUGAGCACUGACGCCGCUCCUGCUGCGCCGCACAGAGUGGCGCGAUGCUCUCCAGCCUCAGCGCUGGAUGACGCCUUUCCGCGGCGACUCUGCGCUCGACGCUGGGCCAGAGGUGCACGACUUCGAUGUGCCACCUUCUGCUCCCGACCCACUCGAGGCAGCACCGCCAGCCCGGCCUUCGCCUCCCGGUCGACCGUCUCCUGGUCGACCUGCGCCAGGCGACAGCGAGGCAGGAAGCAGUCCGUUCGGCUCCGGCUUCGGCGGACGCAUUGGGCACACUCGGCCCGCCGAUGCCAUUCUCGGCGCUCAGUUGCCUGUGGGCUACGAAGAGCCGCCCAGCGAGGCGUCGGAUCGCCCCGUGCUCAACUCCUCGGCUUUCCCCGCACAAGUAGCCUACAUGAGUGCCUCGAUGGCCAUGGCGAUCCAAGCCAACUCUGCCUCGCCCCGCCCUGCCGAUCCUCAUCUGGGCGAGAUUCCCGAACAUCUGCUCGCCGUGCUCUCGGCGCCCCGCACCUUCACGCCACCUCCACGCCCGACCGAUCAAGGAUGGACGUCGAUCAAGCGCGUGGAGCCGAAAUGGCUGAAGUGGAGAGAUGGCAGUGACACGACGCGGGAGGAUGCGAUGCAUCCCGAGCGCGUUGCGCUGGAGGAUGAUUGGCGCAAAGCGCCGUACAGUGGCUGGCAGCCGCCACUGAAGGAGCUUCGAGAGUUCCUCGACGGCAAGGCCGCGCCGCUGCCGAAAGUGCAGCAUGCGUUUGAGGCGCCGCAGCGGCACAGUGGCAAGAUGGGCGAUGAGCAGAGGGAAGCGCUGAUCAAGGAGAGACAGAUACUCGUCAAGAAUGCCUUUUUGCACGCGUGGGACGGCUACAAGGCGCUGGCUUGGGGACACGAUGAGCUGAAGCCGGUCAGCCAGGAGCCGCAUGACAACUUCAACGGCUGGGGAGCUACCAUCGUCGAUGCCCUCGACACACUGCUCGUCAUGGAUCUGCGCGAGGACUACGACGUGGCGCGACAGCACGUGCGCGACAUUGACUUUACCUUUCUCGGCGGCACCCGUUCGGCAUACGGCACAUCCGACGGCCGCGUGCCAGUGUUUGAGACGGUCAUUCGCUAUCUGGGCGGCCUGCUCUCGGCGCACGAUCUGGCGGGCGAUGAGCUGAUGCUCGAGCGCGCCGAGGAGCUGGCGCAGUUGAUCCUGCCGGCUUUCGAGACGUUCUCGGGCUUGCCUCAAGGCCGUCUACGCCUGGGUGCGCCCCCGCUGCGCUCGCAAGCGGGAGCGGUCGUGCUGGCAGAGGCCGGCAGCCAUCUGUUGGAGUUCACGCGCCUCUGGCAGCUCACCGGCAACCGCACCUACUUCGACAAGGUGCAGCGUACGACGGACUGGCUUGAUCGCAACACGUCGCGCUCUGAUGAGCGUCUGGGCACGUUGCUUCCAACGACGCUUUUCCCGGAGUCGAGACACAUGUUCGGCACGUACUCGCUUGGUGGCAUGGCCGACUCGUACUACGAGUACCUCAUCAAGGAGCACCAGCUGCUCGGCGGCGCUCUGCAGUACGGCCGCAUGUACGCCGAGGCGAUGGACAGCACGCGGCGCUGGCUCAUGCGCACCAUCACGGGCGUGCCGGGUGCGCCGAGCCUCAUGACGAUUGGCUCCAGCAACGGCAAAUACUUCCAGCCGAAGCUGGAGCAUCUGACGUGCUUCUGCGGCGGCAUGCUCGGCCUUGGCGCACGGCUCCUGGACCGCGAGCGCGACCUGACCAGCGCACGACGUUUCACCGAGACGUGCUGGUGGGCGUACAACGCCACAGCGACGGGCGUUGGGCCCGAAGAGCUCAUGUUCUACUCGGACGCCGACGACGAUCGCUUCGAGGUGACAUACGAUGAAGACGGCGCCGCAAGUCGAGGCAAGGCAAAGGGCGCGCCGCUCGUUGGCGUGAGGAGCAUGAAUGGAGACUACAGGAAUCGACCGGAGACGAUCGAGUCGGUGCUCUACAUGUGGCGCCUCACGGGCGAUCCGAUCUGGCAGGAGCGCGGCUGGCAGAUGUUCGCCUCGUGGGUCACGCACUGCAUGACCGACGUUGGCUUCUCGUCGUUGCACGACGUCAUGCAGGUGCCGGCACAGCACACCGACUCGAUGGAGUCGUACGCCUUUGCCGAGACAUUCAAAUACUACUACCUGCUCUUCUCGCCGCCCGACCUCAUCUCCUUCGACGAAUACGUCUUCACGACCGAGGCGCACCCUCUACUUCUCCCUCAAAACGGCGUCUGGGGCUCGCCCGGGCGCGGGCGACAGACAUUCUGGGAUGCCUCUGCGUCGCACGAGCCCUCUCCCGGCUCCAAGGCCUACUCGGGCGGCGAAGGCGGCGUCGUCGGCGGCUUGACGCACGUGCAGAAGGUGGCGCUUCUGGCGAUGCAGAAGCAACAAGCGGCGGACGAGGCGGCGCGGCAAGAGCGCAAGACGGCACAGGCUGCUUCGGCCGCGUUGCGAGCGGCCGAGGCAGCAAGCACGGCGGCGGCUGCCGGCCAGGCUGUCGUGGCGCGAGGCUUAGAGCUUGGUAAUGACGGCGCGGCAGCCGUCAGCGCGGCGCUCCGACGGCUGCUCAACUCGGCAGAUCUCAUUUGGCAAGGACGCGGCGCCGAUGCACCAACUGCAACCGCAGCAGUCUCGCGCCAAGACGCAGGUACGCUUCACGGCUCGAGUCGCGCUGGACCGCCCCAAUCUGCACUUGUCCCGGCGACGCUGCGCGAGGAGGAGCUGGACGAGCACGGCUUGCCAUGGGGACAUCCGCAGGGCAAAACUUCGCCGGAGCAGAUGCGCCGCUUGCAAGAGGAGGUGCAGGCGGCUCAAGAGCGGGUGAUCCGCGAGGCUCUCGAGAGACUGCAGCUGCUGCAGGCGGAGGGCACGGAGAUUGCAGUCACGGAAGAGGGAGAGCUGGUGCUCGUGCGAGACGUGGGACUCGCCGAGCAGGAAGAGGAGGAUGAGGCGCUCGUGGAUGAGGUGAGCGAGUACGCCGACGAGGAGGACGAGGACCACGACCCUUGAACGACCCGACGUGGACACGCAUGUCCGACCCACCCCACUCAAAUACCAUCUGCAUCGCUCCCU